AUGGAUCCACGGCAUCCGCCCAAGCUUCCCUUUUCGCCGUCGCCAUACGCUAUUGUUUCUCCUUUCCCUCAAGUUCCAGUUCCAGUUCCAGUUCCAGUUCCAAAUCCAAAUUCAGCUCCGUUUCCCGCUUCUCCAACAACAACAAAACAACCAUCGUCAACACCAAACGGCGCCAUCACGAUCUCUUCUGCAGGCAGCGCCCCGGCCACCGCGACUGCGGCUGUAUUCUAUCCCAUCGCCUCGCCUCCUCCGCAUUCUUAUCGAAUCGCGCGCGCCGAAUCUUAUCAUCAUCCUCAUGCUGAGAAUUUGAGCCCCGACCAAAACCCUGCGUAUGCCGCUCCUCACAGUUUGGCCCAACGACGACCCUCCGAUACCUCCAUCUACGCUCCAACGAUCCGCCAUACAAGCCACGAAUCAAAUCACGCGCGCUUCCGAAACUCUACGGCCAUUAACUCUCUUGGAACUCUCAAUCGCGAAAUGCCCCCUCCGACGUCGCCUCCACAACCGGGGGCGAAGCCGCCGCAACCUCAACCUCAACAGGUGCACAGCAUGAUGGGCUACGGGCCACCUCCUCCGCAACCUGGUCCUCCUGUCGCUGUCGGCCCCCCGAUGUCCUUUCCUUCAGGUCGCGAACUUCCUGCCCUCGGCGCGCUGGCGAGAUCAGGCAGCAGUAACAGCUCCAUGUCGAUAUCGUCAAUGUUGGGCGGUCCACCUCCAGCAAUGCGCGAAUCGCAACCUCCGCCAUCGCAUUAUCCUCCUCAUUCUGGGCCACCCGUCUCUGGCCCUGGCUUCGCGACGGCAAUGCAUGCUUCACCGCGAAUGCACUCUGCAAAUUCCAGCUACCCGCCAUUUCGUCGACCUCACACUCCCGAUCAUCAGCGACCUUACGAGCCCAGAAACUCACCGCCUGGACACUACCCCACCCCCGAAGUCCCUCGCUACAGCACACCUUCUGCCUAUUCAAGACACCCUUCAGGCUCUGCAGAUCAUGCAAGAGAACCUAGCAGGUUACCACCAGGGCCUCCCCCAAGGCCGAGCAGCCAGCCUAAGUAUCCGGGAAUGCCUCGACCGAUGGAGAUGGGACGACCGCCAGGGCCAGAAGAAGCAUAUGGGCGACGUGAUGAGAUGGGCCGACCUCCGCCUGGCAUGGAAUACAACCCUGAAAGAGUUGGUUUGCGACCUAAUCCGUACGAGGAUCGGUACAGGGCAGAACGCGAGCGAAUGGGUGAAGUAGAGCAACGUGAACGCGACAGAAGAGAGCGCGCAUACUCUGGCAGCGAUUCAGGAAGACACUCGAUACAUCCCGGCGACUAUGGGCACCGCGAACCACCUCGUAAUCCUUUACCGUAUGGCCGACCGCCAGAUCGUGACCCGAGGGACAUCAGAGAUCCCCGAGACUCUCGUGAUCCCCAAAACCGCGAUCCUAGAGACAUGCGAGAACGGGAUCCUAGGGAUGCACAAUGGGGCCGCCCAGGCCCUGACCCUAGCUAUCGAGCACCCAUGGAUCAUCAGCGACAUCCCGAUUACCCCCCUGGCGCGCCUUAUCCGCCUCAUGGUCACUCUUAUCAAGGGCCCCCACCCGAUCGAUACGCGCCAUCCUCACAUCCGCCAGCUCAGAAUAUGCCACCUGGACCAGCACCUUAUGAGUCCCCAGAUCGAGCGCGUAUGACUUUAAUCCCUACGCAACAACCGCAACAACCCCAUCGAAGGCCAGAGGAAGGGCCACCACCACCAACAAUUGCGUACAAUGGAGCCCAUGGUCCUGGGCAAUAUGACUCCCCACGACAUAGAAAUAGUGACGAUGCCUCAGCCCCGAACGGCCAGCGUAACUUGUUAGCCAUCCAGGAGAUGAACCGAAAGGGUAGAAUCUCGCCACUCCCACAAGCUGUACAGGGCGCGCAAUUACAGCAACCUGGACCAACUGGCGAGCCGGGAAUCAAGAGCGAAUUCGGUCGCAUGUUUGCGGGUAUUGGCAAUGGAGUCAUGGGCGUCUCAAGUCCCAUCGCUUCUGCAGCCAUGCCUUUCACAAAUGCAAGUCUCGCUAAGCGCGAGGACUCGGAAAACAUAACACCUGAUUCAGGUACGGAGGCAGGAGGCAAGGCCACCAAAGGCAGAAGAAGGAAGCUGAAGGACGAUGAUGGAAAGGGCGAUGAUGACAGCUCAGGACGAGCAACUCCAGCAAAUAGGGCAAAGCGUCCCAAGACUCACCAGCAUCACCACCAUCAUCAUCACCCGCAUCACCACCAUCAUCAUCCAGCCGACUCCGCGCCAUUAACUGGUACUGCGCCUUUCAAGAACUUCAAGACUGGUGCCCCCCCUCCAGGUGAAAAGGGCCUACCUGUUCCUCAUCACCACCACCCUCCGCGACCUGUACAUACACACCAGCACCAGCCAGCGAAACAAGCUGCCAUGAACUCGGCCCCGGUUAUUCCCCCGAAAUCGAAAACCAUUAUAUCAUCGAAGGCUGUCUUGGAGUCCGUUUCUGACCGACCCAGGCACCACCUUGGAGAUUUCAUCUACGAUCCCGGACUGAAACCGGGGCGCUUAGUACCAAGUACCUCUACACACCGAGCUUUUGCUUCCAACCCGAAACCAUUGCCAUGGGAUAUGAUUAAGAACAAGGAGAAUUGCAUCCUAACAGUCAAGGUCGCAAGAAUUCAUCUCUCGCCAAUCGCAAGGGAAGAGAUCACUUCACGAGGAUAUCUAUGGGGUACUGACGUUUAUACCGACGAUUCUGAUGUUGUUGCGGCAUGCAUUCACAGUGGUUGGAUCAAGGGAGAAUGGGCUGAGGACGUUGACAACUCGGUUUUGGACAUUGAUCAGGGAGUCACCGACAAGCGACGUAAGAAGCCAGCGAACUCGACUGUCGAUCUCGAAUCCGAAGACCUCAUCAUCGCCCCUCCACCCAGCGGCCCCAUGUCGAUCCCUGCGCAACGCGAUCUGCACGUCAACGUUCUGAUCCUUCCUCGAUUAGUCAAAUAUUACUCUUCCACACGACAUGGGAUCUCUAGCCGGGAAUUUGGUGGCGACUACGGCCAUCGUCAUUCGGUUCACGACGGCAUCAGUUAUAUGAUCAAGAGUGUACGAUGGGUUGAGAACGGCGCACAACCACAGGCUCGACUUCGUGGCAAAGCUCGACGUGAGCGCAUGCGUAAAGCUAUGCGCGAGGUCAAAUGGGGCGUUGACAACGGCACUGAUCUCGACAAAGACAAAGAGGGACAACUAAGAGGAGGAAUAUCUGCCACAUGGAGAAAAAAGGAGCCUGAACCAUCCACAUCGAAGUCUAAUGACCCCGUAGCAGAAGGCGACAAGGAGAAUCAGCCAUCUGCAAACGACGAAGAAAAAGAAAAGAGCGAAGAAAAAGCUAAGGACGUGGAUAUGGACGAUGUCGCCGAAACUCCAGCCACAGAGGAGAAGACGGAUCGAUGA